AUGGCUGCCUUCAUCGCUUCCACGUGCUUUUUCGCAUCUUCCGUCCUUCUUCUGCCUGUGGCAGAGCAGCCCUGCAUCAUCGUCGGGGAUGCGGAGGAACGUCCGGCGAGGGUGACUCCAUUGCGAGAACCCGUUGAGAUUCCGCCUCUCCUGGCCAGUCCGCUUCCAGUGAUACUUCGGCGUCUUUUUCCGUGCGCUUUGCGCCGCCGUCAACGCACCAACCUGGCUUGCGCGCACUUUGCCAAUACACCGGUCCGUCCUCGUGAUGUGACCCCACAAAGCUGUUUCGACGCUCGCCACCCGACCGCCGCUCACGAGGAAGGCAUCUCGUCACGUAGACUGUCCUCAAGGCAUCCGGCCUCGACUCCACCCCCACCUCGUUCUCCCGCGCCGCCACCUGUCCCUCCCGCUGCUCCUUCCGUGUCUUCUGCGGCUUCGCCGCCACGUCGAUCUCCUCCCGGCCUCUCUUCUGAGUCGUCGCCUCCGCGAAAGCGGAGUCGUAAAUGCCUUCCGCACCGAGCCGGGGGAGAAGAGCCCGCUUUUUCUGCCUCCCAGCCGUUGGCGGCCAGCGUCGUGACACCUCAAGAGGGGCGCCUCCCAUCGGGUGCCCCUGCGGUUUCCAGCGGACUCUCACUCCAGCAAUUUGGCGCUCCAGGGCCUCCGUGGAGGCCUGCCUUCGGGCUAAGCUGGAUAUCGCAGAGGCGGUCUAGGCAGCACACUCUCUUGCGGCAACCGCUUCCGGAGGACUCUACCGACAUGCUAACGCGAGUGCGGCCGCAUUCUGUCUUCUGGCAGCCUCCGGUGUUUCCUCCUCUCCCAGCCCCCGAGUUUCCGCGUCCCGGGUCGCCCCUUGCACCUUCCUCGCAGCGACCUGCCCUUUCUCUGCCCGCGCAUGCGCUGUAUUCCUCUUUGUCACCGUCGCCGCCGUCUGAUGACGCGGAUGACACAGGGCGCCCCCCAGAGAGCGCCCUCGCCACCCCGUCAACUUCAUUCGGUUCCCCCGGUGCUGCUCCAGGUUGGCGUGGGCCUGCGUAUCCGCGGUCCCUGUUAGCGCCUCGAGAUGCGACGUCGUCUCGAUCGCCAACUACUUCCCCGCAUCGCCCCUUCACUCUCCCGGUGGAGGGGAGUCAGGGAACUUUGUCACACGGAGCACUGGAGGGCUCCGCGGCUGCGGUGGACGACGGUGGAAGACGGAGAGCUGUCGCCGGGGAGGGCACGACGUCACAGUCUUCGCUCGCGUCUCGUCAGCGUGGACGAACAGUCGACGAUGGCGAGCGCCCCUCCACUAGCGCGCGAACUGGACGCAAACAAGAGGCUGUCUACCAUUCGCCUACAGCACAGGAGGGAGACGGGCGAGAGCGCGCGCGAGCUCAUCAGCCGCGUUUGCGCCGACUAGAAAUGCACGUCCCGUGGGUGGCGCACCGGGUUGUUCCCUGGUACGUGUGGUUCUAUCCGUGGCGUGCCGAGCCCAGGACUGAGCACUGGGAACGAUGCAAGCCUUCACAAGCUUGCUGGUUUCUCCAGUACUCUUGUGGCGGUCGGAAAGUGGCCAGAUGGAUGACAAAAGAGGAAGUCGGUUUUUAUUGGAAUGUGCAGGCGCUGCGAGCUCAAAACCGUUCGGCAGCCAAAGAGAAAGCGACCCGCAGAUGGAGACGGGAAUAUGAAGCUGCGAGACGCGGUCUAACCACACCGCCGUUUCGUCAGUGGAGGGAUACCGACUACUCUCCGAAGGUGCGGAGCCUCGCGAAAGAGUCUGCGAUGCGCGUUCGUUACUUGCAGAAGCAGGGGCUUACCUUCCCUGUGCCGGCUCCCGUUGUCAACAGGUUGCUUGAGUGGGAGCCUAGUGACUCCUCAGAUGAUGAAUUUGAGCCACCGGGGACUUCCGAAUGGAAGAAGUACAAGAAGAAAUAA